GGGCGCUCUAGAGUUCCGGCAUGAAGCCACCGCAGCGACAGCGGAAGGUCCCGGCCCGCUACCUAAGUGAGGCUGCCGGCCCCACGGCUUGGAGCCCCCGCGAGAUGCGACAUCUACUGAGACUUCUUCAGGCUCGGCGGGACCAGCCGGAGCCAGACGCCGCGGAGCUGGCCAAGGAGCUGCGGGGCCGCAGUGAGGCCGAGAUCUGCCGAUUUAUCCAGCAGCUCAAAGGCCGUGUGGUUCGUGAAGCCAUUCGAAAGGUGCACCCAGGUGGCCCAGAGGGUCUAAGGCGUCAAGAAGCUCAGCUUCCAGCCCCCAUAGAGGUAUGGAUGGAUCUUGCUGAGAAAUUAACAGGCCCGCUGGAGGAAGCCCUGACUGCAGCUUUCUCCCAGGUGCUCACCAUUGCUGCUGCAGAACCCAUCAGCCUCCUGCACUCCAAGCCAAGCAAGCCUACGAAGGCCUGUGGAAAGCCACUGCUGUUCUUGAGUGCCCAAGGAGGGCAGAAGAAUCCUGGCCUUGAAGCCUCUGGGUCUGCCCCUGUAACUGCUGACUCCACUCCUGAGACCUCUGUUCCUGUUCCUAAGGCCUCUGAUCCCAACCCUGAGACCCCUGUCUCUGAUACCCCAACCAAAUCCCUGGCUGGCCCCUCCACAGAGAAAGACUUCGCUGUGGACUUUGAGAAGAUCUACAAAUAUCUGUCCUUCUCCUCCAGAAAUGGCCAUGGCCCUGAGCUCUCAGCAGCUGAGUCAGCUGUGGUCCUUGACCUGAUCACGUCACUUCCAGAGGAGCUGUCCCAUCUGCCUUGCACAGCCCUGGUGGAACAUAUGACCAAAACAUAUGCUCGACUGAUGGCCCCCCAGACCUCUCUCCCUAGCGGGAAGAGCCCCAGGCUGGGAAAUGAAGAAAGAGAGACUGGCUCCGAGGAGCCUGACCGAGCCAGUCCUCAGGCCUCUGAGCCCAUAGAACAGAGGCCGGCCUGGCAAGCAGUUGGGAUCUGCCCAUUGAACCCAUUCCUGGUACCCCUGGAGCUAUUAGGCCAGGUGCCCACCCCUGCGAGGUGAGGGAUACUGAAGACCAGAUGUGCUGACUUUGGAGCUUCAGUCCAACACAGCUGGUACUGGGUGGCCAUGACGAUGAUUGUGGAAGUCCCUGACAUGGUGUCCAGCCACAGGCUAAGUCUUCAGAUGUUGCACACACCAGCAGCCUCAGAAAGGGAAGUACAGUUGUCAUGAAUGGAGAUAAGGAACUCUGCACAAAGGCAGAAUUCCUGGACAGACAGACAGGGCUGGUUUUACUAGCCCAGUUGUGUGCCUUGUUGUCUGCUGUGGAUACCACAACAGCAUCAUCUGUUUCAUGGAUAUGCUCUCCUGAACCUGGCUUGCACUUGGAUCCCCUCAACUAUACUGACCACCAUACACUUCUCUUCACCCUUUCCUGGGGUGUCCUGUAACUCAAUAAA